CGAACCAAAGCAGCAAGACGUCAGGAGAUAAUAAAAAUCACUGAACAACUGAUUGAAGCUAUUAACAGUGGUGAUUUCGAUGGAUACACAAAAAUUUGUGACCCCCAUUUAACAGCAUUUGAGCCCGAAGCUUUAGGCAAUCUUGUCGAAGGAAUUGACUUUCAUAAAUUUUACUUUGAAAACGUAUUAGGCAAGAAUUGCAAAGCCAUCAACACUACUAUUCUGAACCCUCAUGUUCACUUACUGGGAGAAGAUGCAGCAUGCAUUGCCUAUGUUCGUCUCACACAAUACAUUGACAAGCAAGGACAUGCGCAUACGCAUCAAUCGGAGGAAACACGUGUGUGGCAUAAACGAGAUAACAAGUGGCAGAAUGUGCACUUUCAUCGCAGCGCAUCUGGCAAGAUUAGCGGCGCAACAACUUUCGAUUUUAUCCAACAACAAAAGUAGAACGACCCCUGCAGAACGACAGUAAGCACACUAACUAUUAACGGUUGAAACAUAUAAUUAUGUAAGAUGGCAAUAGCUAAAGCCUUAGCUCAACAACAAAAUAACAAAAACAUUUUGAAUCAAUAUAACAAACCAAAUUUAAUAAGACGCUAAUUUAAAACAAUUAAACCAGCUAGUCGAGCUUUCAUGCAUGUAGACGAUACGAUAUAUGAGGCGUCAAAAUAUAUAAAGGUGGAUUGCUUGAAGAGAGGCCGAAAAGAAAGAGGCUUAUGAUAAGUACCAUGGUAUCAGAUAAAAUUAUGUACAACCAAAAUAGCGAUGAGAUUAUCGAUUCAUAAUAAUAUGCAUAUAUAUAAUAUAUAUUGUUAUUGUGCACUCUCAACAGCAACUCAAAAGAUGCAAACUGGAUUUACUUAAUUUCUAAUAAAUAUCAUAUUAAGACAAACAAAUAAAAUCAUACACACCGGUGACUUCGCUUCGCGGUGAGAAGUGUUUUAAGGAAGGCACCGGAGAAGAAACCUUCUCAAAAAAGAAAACAUUAGAUAAUGCGAACUACAGGUACUAGGGAAGAACGCAUAAAUAUUUUUAUGGAAGAAAAAGGGGAAUGAACAACUGAGACAACCUCAAAAAGGAAAAAAAGUUGUAUACAAAUUGUGGAUUGAAGAAAAAUAAAAAAAUUAAUGAAUAUGAAGAAGAUGCAUGUAGAGUUCAUGUUGUGCGCAAAUUAUUGUAGGUUUUUUUUCAAUUUAUAUGGUUUAAGUAAAAAAUGGAGAUACAAAUUAAAUAAAAAGUGUAUACUUUUAUGUAACUAUUUAAGUAUGUAUUUAUUGAUACAAAUUUUCAGAGCUAAUUACACUAACCGCCCUGCUUUUUGUGGUAUUGGGUUUUAUUUGUACUUUGUUGUUAUCCACUACAUGGAAUUCCGCCAGAGCAAUGUUGAAUGAGUUAAUAUUAAAGCAUGCGAAAAAUCCCUAUUUGCUGUGCCUCAUCUAAAGCCGAAGAAACAAG